AUGUUUGUAUAGGACAUGCAAUUUAUAAGACAAAGUGAUCAAAACUUUGUAAUAAAUACUUAAUCGUUUCAAACAAUUGUAUUUUAGUAUGAUCGAUAAAAUCAAAUGCAAUUACAAGAGAAAUAGCUUUACGAUAGUUUAAAAAAUAGAGUUCUGAAAUUAGGACAGACAAUAAUGAUAGGUGGUAAUCCUUUUAAGGUUUUUUUAUUGAAUCCACUUAAUGGUCAUGUUGGAGAUACUACUUCAAUACUAUGUUAUCCAGGAGAUUUGAGCAAUAAUAAAACUUUAUAAUAAGUUUAAUUUCUUAAUCUAUCGGAAGAGAAGAAAGAACAUAUAACCAGACUUCCAAUUAACUAACAUAUAAGUUAAGAUUAAUAAUUGAUUAUUGAUGGAUUACUUAUGCAAGUUAUUCGAUGUUAACCUGAAGAUGGAAUAUUUAGAUAAUAAACUGUAAUUUAUUAUGCUAUUAGAAUAGGAAUGUAGAGUAGUUAACUCUGGAAAACCAACAAUAUAGGAAAUUCAGAUAAUAAUAUAAAAUUAGUAGGAACCAAAUAAAUAAGAAUUAAUGAAAAAUUACAUAUAACCUCAUUUUAUGAUUCCAAGAUAUGUUAGAGAAGGAUCUAGAUUAAAGAUAAAAGAAGUAGAUUUUAUAAUUAAAUCAUGUAAACCUAGAAAAGGAUUUAUUGAUAACAGGACAUUAAUUUAAUUGUUUGAUAAUGAACAAUUUACAUUUAAAUCAAUGAAUGAUGAGGAUGAAGAAACAGGAGGACUUUAAGUAUAGAUUAAUACACUUAAAAUCUUAUAAGAUAAAACAGCAUCUAGAAAUUAAUUUGUUUAGAAAAGAAAAAAGUUAUAUAGCAUGAUGGAAAACUAUUGUUAAUAUGAUGAAAAAGAAAAUUAGAUUGUUCUUUCUUCCAGAGAUAUAAGCAGUCGAAGUUAAUCUAUAAAUGAUUUUCCAAUAUUUCCAAAUACAUUCCUUUCUUAAUUGCAUAAAGAAAUUGAUGAAGUCUCUCAUGAUUUAGAAAGUGAUCUUAUGGAUAGUGAUGAAACUCAUUAAGGUAUAGGACUUCAUGAAUAGAAUCAAAAAUUGUCAUAGAUGACUUUACCUGUAUUCUUUAAAAAUAUGUUAAUUUCUAAUAAACAUGGAGCUAAUAGAUAAUCUAGACUUUAAUAACCUGAAUAGCCUUAUUCUGAUGAUUCUUCUUUGGAUCGAUCUAUUGAUUCAGAUAUAAAUAAUGCAUAAAUAUUAUAAAGUGAAACUUCACUUCUUAUUCAUGAAGAUUAACCUCAUUUAACUGCUCUUCCUAGAUAUUUUGAUGAAAUUGUUUUAGUAUAUAUUAAAUCUUAUCAUUAUUUAGUUUAAUUCAUAAAGAUGGUUACCUAUAAUUCAUGAUGGAGUUUCCUAAAAUAUAAUAAAUAAAUUUCCAGAAAGAAAAAUAGAUCUUAAAUGGAUUUAAAAUAAAGGUAAAAAUGAAAAUGCCGAUUUUUGUAAAUGUAUGAUUUGCUUAAUGGAUUACUCUGAUGAAGAAAUAGUUAGAACUUUACCUUGUCGUAAUUAUUUUCAUUUAUUUACUUUUAGUACAUUAUUUUCAUUGUGAGUGUAUAGAUUUCUGGUUAGCAAAAAGUCGUAAAUGCCCAAUUUGUAAAACUGGAUGUGACUAAUAUCUGAACUAUUGAUUUAUUUAAAUUAUUAACG